GGAGCUGCACGUCUGUGCAAUGCGAUUCAGCGAGAUGUUUUCUCUUGUUGUAGGAUGGGCUGUGGGUUUAAGUAAUUCAAGGGACUAACCUUGACCUUUUUAUAAACUGCACGAAGAGGACUAGAAUUUUCCGCUGUGAUUGUCGUACAAAGUUUAAGCGCAGCGUUAUGCCAGUGCUGGGAGGACUGAAGCGCGUGACCGAGCUGGUUUCUGCUUCCUCCUUGCUAUCCAUUGACACCAUUUUGGAGAACCUGUAUUUGGAGUCGCAAUCCAGAAACCCCCCCCUUCCACCGCACCCUCUGCUUCACACGGGUGCUGUGAUGUCUGCAGUAGCUUUCGUGGGCCUGGUUCGGUCCGUGGGGUCCCGAAUGAGGCUACAGGCCGUCCGCACUGCCACAGCCCUGCAGGAAACACGACGCUCCUUCCACGGACCAACUCCUGUACUGACCAGCAACUCGCGGUUUGACCCAGACGGGAGCGGCCGGCCUACCACUUGGGAUGCCUUCGGCAUCUGGGACGACCGCAUCGACGAGCCCAUCCUACUUCCUCCCAGCAUCCGGUAUGGGAAGCCUAUUCCCAAGGUGAGCCUCUCCAAUGUGGGCGCCGCCUCCUUGAUCGGCCUGCGCAAGGAGAACGAGGACCGCUGGCAGGUCUCCCAGCUGACCGGCAGCAUCCUGUACUUCGCCGUCUUCGACGGCCACGGUGGGGCAGAGGCGGCGGAUUUCUGCCACAAAUACAUGGAGAUGCACGUCAAAGAUCUGGUUGCUAAGGAGGAAAACCUCGAGAUGGUUCUGUCCAGAGCUUUCGUGGAAGUCAACAAGGCCCUCGCCAGACAUUUGCACUUCGAUGAUUGCCCGUCGCUGCAGAGCUCCGGAUCCACGGCCACUGUGGCCCUAUUGAGGGACAGCUUUGAGCUGGUGGUGGCCAGCGUCGGGGACAGCCGGGCCCUGCUGUGCCGCAAAGGCAAGGCCCUGAAGCUGACGGUGGACCACACCCCCGAGCGAAGGGACGAGAAGGAGAGGAUAAAAAAGAGCGGGGGCUACAUAACGUGGAACAGUCUGGGACAGCCGCACGUAAACGGCAGGCUGGCCAUGACGCGGAGCAUCGGAGACUUUGACCUGAAGAAGAUGGGCGUGAUCGCCGAGCCGGAGACCAAGCGGCUGACCCUGCACCACGCCCACGAUUCCUUCCUGGCGCUCACCACAGACGGGGUAAACUUCAUCAUGAACAGCCAGGAGAUCUGCGACGUCAUCAGCCAGUGUCACGACCCCAAGGAGGCCGCCCAGAUCAUCACGGAGCAGGCCCUUCAGUAUGGCGCCGAGGACAACAGCACCAUCAUAGUGGUUCCUUUCGGGGCCUGGGGGAAGCACAAAAACUCCAGCGUUCAGUUCUCCUUCAGUCGCAGUUUCGUGUCCAGCGGCCGGUGGGCGUGAGGUGCGCAUUGGUGGCCCUCUGCCUCCCCCUACAGGACUUCAGGGGAAGCACUUCCAGUGAGCAUUCAGUGAAGACCAGAAAAAUAGCUGUGGAACAAUGCAGGAGAUCACUUUUGCCCUAUGUAACAGGAAUAUGGACCUACCUAUAUAAGAUGAGCAGUAACACAAGCGCAAAUAAGCAAUGCUUUAACUGUCAGUCCCAUUUGCAAUCUUCAUCCUGGGAGUUAUGUCACAUGUUAGCUAUAUAUAGUUACUGUAGUGCAUAUGCAAGUACGGAAACCGUGUACCAGGCAUCUGUCACUUGCAAUUAGUUACUCCGUAUGUGUUGGUGGAUGUAUUUUAUGUUGUUGUAUCUCAUUGUGCCCUGCCAUGGCUGGGCCCCUCAUCCUGGGUUGUUCCCUGCCUUCGGGAUAGGCUCCCGACGCCCCGCAACCCUGAAUAGGUUACAGAAAAAUGGAUGGAUGGAUUGUAUCUCAUUAGCUGUCCUUUUAGGGACAGUCCUUGAUCAAUUAGACCUAGCAGGAAUACUGCUAUACAAGAGGAAGCUGCUUUUCCGAUUCUGCCGAUUCAGACCCUUCCAGGUGUUUGGUCUAGCUCUCCUCGUGGGCCGUCGCUGGGCUGCACGUGACCCGCAGCCUCCGACGCGCGGCUCGCUUGUCUGAAAGGACGCGCACCCCACGUGAGCCCAUAGAUCACCAACCCCCCCCCCCCCCCCCCCCCCCCUGUGGCUAAAUCACAAGCCUUUAAGCGUCUGUUCUUUUAAUGAAAUGUUUCACUGCAUUCCGAUGCUGCUUUUCUACAAAGAGAAGGAAGUUUGAUGUGCUGAAGAGACGUGUACAAGCUUGAUUUUUUUUUUUUCCUGAUUGGGAUUAAUUACAUUAACGUUAGUCGUAAGUCGUACACGAAAUGGAAACGACAUCAUUUUACACAUACGCGUUUUGGUAUUACGUAUGUAUAUUAUAUAUGGUGUCAUGGAAUAAGCUGCUUGUCAUUACGCUUGUGAUUUUUGUCAGUUAAUCUACUGUGAAUCCAGCACUGUCAACAGAAAUCUGCUGAUUUUGUAGCAGUUUUGACUGGUGUAGCUGUGGUACGGUUCCGUUCGUGUGCAUGACUGCCAGUUCAGAUUAUUAAAUGCCUCUAGUUGUGCGGCUGUAAAACGCUCGUCGUUUUAAUCGUGGAAUGUGCAUGAGAAAUCGGCAGCCUUGCGUGAGUGAAACCUGUGUCUUUCGCCUCAUCUUGCGUAAUCAUUUCAUUUUAAGAUGCCAGUCGAUACUCAUCCCAUCAUGUGACACGCAAUCUCGUUUUAGCUUUGAGUCUGAGUGUGGGCUUUAGCAAAGAGGUUAGUCCACCAAUGAGUUCUGACUCCACACAGUGUUUAUGCCUCCCGAGCCUCGUGGGACUGUUACAUUACCAUAUCCUUGAAUUAUGGGAAUUUUGUGUCUUGGACCCUGUGUGUCGGAUCAGGUGUGUUAUGUAUUUUGCACUUGACAGAUGACUUUUAAUAAAGUCUUUAAAGGGA